AUGGGGAGGUUUAUCCUCGGUGCAACUUCUGCAGCUUCUGCUGCUCUGGACACUGCUGGCAGCUGGCUCUGCGCGCUGGAGAGGCGAAGGGGACCAGCCCCCACCUGCAGAGCAUCUUUCUUGGCCGCUGCCACCGAGUAUCUCCAGCAGUUCAGUCCGGAGCAGCGGAACAAGAACUGCACGGCCAUCUGGGAAGCUUUUCAGGUGGUUCUGGACAAGGACCCCUGCAACGUGCUACCCUCGGAUUAUGACCUGUUCCUGGAGCUCUCCAAACACAGUAUCCCCAAAGACCAAAGUCUUUUUUGGGAAAACAAUCAUCUACUGGUCAUGAGCUACUCGGAGAUGGGAAGGCGCAUCAUGCCUCUGUGCGAUGUUCUCUAUGGCCUGGUGGGAGAUUUCCUGAGCUGGUGCAGAGAGAAAAAUGGCACGGGACUCGAUUAUCAAUCCUGUCCUACUUCAGAAGAUUGUGAGAACAACCCAGUGGAUUCCUACUGGAAAAGAGCCUCCAUGCAGUAUUCAAAGGAUAGUUCCGGGGUGAUAUAUGUCAUGCUAAAUGGUUCAGAGCCAACAGGAGCCUAUCCUCUGAAAGGUUUUUUUGCAGAUUAUGAAAUCCCCUACUUCCAGAAGGAUAAAGUCACACGAUUUGAGGUCUGGGUUAUGCAUGAUAUUGGAAAACCAAAAGUGGAAUCCUGCGGAGAGGGCAGUGUGAAAAUCCUGCAAGAGAGACUGGAGAAAAUGGGUUUUCAGUACAGCUGUAUUGACGAUUACCGACCAGUGAAGCUCUUGAUGUGUGUGGACCACAGCUCCCAUCCCGACUGCACCUUGACUUCGGCAGCGGCAUCUGCUCAGAGACACGCACUGCCUCUCUCUGCCCAAAGCCUUGCGGCCCUGAUCCUUCCUCUCUUCCUGGCUCUGGCCUCAGCGACUCAAAUGUAAAUAGAGACACUCAGGUGUGCUGCCCGAAGAGCCAGCCCUAAACCCAGCCUUGCACUGCUAUGCUCCUACCCUUGGAUCAAGACAUCCUUUGGCUGAAGAUGCCUCCUGUCAGGACACAGUGUACCACAAAGUAUUUUUAUGAGAGGCGUGCACCCAGGAUCCAGGAAUCAGACCGUGAUCUCAGCCUGUUUCAUAGGGUAAAACAGCUUUAUUGGAAUUAAACAAACUUUAUUUUCUUUAUUUUGCUAAUGAGUGAAAGCACUGAGACCCAAGAUUGUGUAUAUAAUAAAAAAUUUUUUU